AACAGUAAAAUACACAUUUAUAAUUUAGUAUUAAUGCACGAAUCUCUUAUGGAAAGAAAUCAAUCUUGUAUUAUAACUAUCGAAGACGAUUAUUAUCUACAAAAAGGAAAACCGCAAAAUAAUUUCAAAAUGAAAAACACAUUACUUUAUGUAAUAUUAAUUUGUUCAUUAAUUUAUAUAGUCAGCACAUUCAAAUUGCAAAGAAGGACUAUGCAGGAACAAAAAAAUAUUGACGAUAUCAAAGUAAUUCUUAAAGACUUGAGAAACGUAUCAACAAUCAUUGACAACUAUGAAAAAAAUUUAAAUAAUUCCAGCGUCACCACCCAUGAAGUUAACUCAAUGGCUGCCAUCAAGAUAGCUUAUGAUUUUAUUUAUAGUACUUCAGAGAAAGUAUUUAAUAAAGGGGCUACACCGUCAAACUCCAUAAAUGGAACUAAAAAUCAUCAAAAUAUAACAUCAAUUAAUGGAUCUCAAAUAUUCAGCAAUUGCAAUAUAACAAUCGUCAAUAGUACAAAUAAAACCACUUAGAUGAAAAGCAAGCUUCAUCUAAGUGGUAUUUUAUUUUUACUAUUGCCGAUUGUUAUAUUGCAAUUGCUGAAUAUUUGAGAUCCAUUAAUUGAUGUUAUAUUUUGAUGAUUUUUAGUUCCAUUUAUGGAGUUUGACGGUGUAGCCCCUUUAUUAAAUACUUUCUCUGAAGUACUAUAAAUAAAAUCAUAUACAUUAUUAUAUAUAUAUUAUUAUUAUUUUUUUGUACAAUACAGUAAAAUUUUCUAUUUACUCUGACAAUAAAGUGUUUAAAUAAUUGAUAUU